CAAAUCGAGCUCCAUCAAAAAGCUCGCCGCGGCCUUUUAGUGGGGGGUUUGUGCUGUGUUGUGUGUCGUAGUUGUGGUGGCAGCCGCACACGAGAAAUGCUGUGAUGUAAGCAACGAGACUGGAGGAUCGUUUAACCCGUGGGCCGCUGCUAGCCUUGCUACAGUUCACCAUCGCGCGCGCGUGUGUUUUGUGUUGUUGCUGGGCCCGCUGGUAUCCUCGUUUUUUAUCGCAGCGCGCUCGCUAUGCGACUCUUGUGACCGUGCGGAGGAUAUCGUCGUCGCCAGAGACGCUGGCCCGAGCAGCCCCCAGCAGCAGAGGAGCUUUAAAAGUUCACGCUCUGGCGACGUUCUAGCAGUGUAGGCUCGCCGGGCAAGGCGGCGGCGGUCGAAACAGUACCGGUCUUGUGCGAUCCGCAAACCGUUUCACGAAGGUGAAAGACCUUGGGAAAAGGAGCUCGUCGUUUUGUGGUCGGGCAGGCACGGAUUCGCCAGCGCUCUGCCGUUGAAACACACCAAGGAUAGACAGCGGCUGCAGGAAGAAAGCGGCGACCACCGCUGCUUGAAAAGAAACUCGACCGCUCCUGCAAUCGACCUUUUUUCUCGGUUCUGAACCCGUCUACGCUGCCGUGCGAGUCGAUCGGCCGCAACAAGCGUCCACAACAAGUUUCGUGUGUGCGAUCGGUGUUGUGUGUGAAGGUGCCGCAACCCUCUUUUUUUGGAUUCCCACUGACACGACGAGAAAGGAAAGCUGGCCUCGCGCUGGUGGUGAUGUCGGCGGGCGCAUCCGGGGGACAGCAGCAUCGGCGGAGACGCGAGUUUUGGCGGCGGACGCCGUCUAGGGCCCUGUGAUUGUGCUUCUAUCGAAGGGGGUCCUCCGUGCCCCCCCGACAAAGCAGCCGAGCUGGCGUCGUUCAGUGCCCGCGAGAAGGCGGCCGUCAUGUCCGAGUACCAAUGGGCGUACUCCUUGGUGGACUCGUCACGCGUCUCCACCUUCCUCAUCUCCAUUCUGCUCAUGGUGUACGGCAGCUUCAGGUCACUCAACAUGGAGCAAGAGCAGAAAGAACGCAACGGCCAGGGAGCUGAGAACAAUGUACAGACGUUGGAUACGAUGCAAGCUCUGUGCCUGCCACUGGGCGCUUCCAUCUCUCUUCUGGUCAUGUUCUUCUUCUUCGACUCCAUGCAGAUGCUCUUUGCCAUCUGCACUGCAAUAAUUGCCACCAUCGCCCUAGCCUUCCUGCUCCUGCCCAUGUGCCAGUACCUCAUAAGGCCAUGCUCCAGUGGCAAAAAAAUUUCAUUUGGGACGUGUGGCCGCUUCACGGCAGCAGAGCUGGUCUCCUUCUCCCUCUCUGUGGCCAUUGUGUGUGUCUGGGUGCUCACGGGACACUGGUUACUCAUGGACGCGAUGGGAAUGGGUCUGUGCGUGGCCUUCAUAGCAUUUGUGCGACUUCCCAGCCUCAAGGUGUCCACCCUGCUCCUCACAGGGCUUCUCAUAUACGAUGUCUUCUGGGUGUUUUUCUCCUCAUAUAUCUUCAAUGCCAAUGUCAUGGUCAAAGUGGCCACACGGCCAGCAGACAAUCCGGUGGGCCUGGUUGCAAAAAAACUCCACCUGGGCAGCAUGGUCAGGGAGGCCCCUAAGCUGUCGCUUCCUGGAAAGCUGGUUUUUCCAAGUGUGCAUAGCAGUGGCCACUUCUCCAUGCUGGGAUUAGGGGAUAUUGUGAUGCCAGGCCUACUUCUGUGCUUCGUGCUGCGCUACGACGCCUACAAGAAGGCCCAGCUGAGCUCGGCCGAGACAGGCCUGCCGCCGCCCAACCACCUCAACAAGAUCUCCUACUUUCACUGCUCCCUCAUUGGCUACUUCCUUGGCCUCCUGACGGCCACGGUGUCCUCGGAGGUGUUCAAGGCUGCCCAGCCUGCGCUGCUCUACCUGGUUCCUUUCACGUUACUCCCACUUCUGACCAUGGCCUACCUCAAGGGUGACUUGAGGCGAAUGUGGAGCGAGCCAUUCAUCAGUAUCCCGCCUUCCAAGCACCUAGACGUCUGACAGGCAUUGCGCAUGGCCGUUUCUUUGUCUUCGUCUGCCGCCACUGUUCUCGUUUAUGUGUGCACGCGUGUGUUGCGUGUGUGCAUGUAGGACGUUGACUGCCGCCAUGCGCGACACAGUGCUCGGGAGAAUGCGUCGACCUCAUCGCUUCAGCACCUCAUGCAACCCGCCUCUCAUCGUCAUCGUCCUCAACUUCCCCAAAGACAAUGAAUGUUGGCCACGACUGGACACCACGCUAUUACGGCCAAUCUGUUGCAAGGAGGGAGUGUGUGCAUUUGUCAUCUCUUCAACGAGGAGUAGGAUCGGGUCGGACUCUGCAACCACCUGCAAUUGGCUGCCACGCUACUCGUAAUGAGCCGUGUGUGGAAGAACGGAGCGCGGCAGCAGCUCUCUCCACGCAGUGACGCAUCCUGAGCCGUGCUGUUGCUUUUUUCGGUGGAUGUUUGCGUUGUCGGCUGAGAGGUAGUUGGAAGAGGCGAGACCGGAGUACUACCUAGGCAAGAGAUUGUCCUGGAUAUUGUGCCUGUCAUGCGUGGAUCUGUUUUCUUUCUGUCCAUUCAGCAUCAUCCAUUGUCAGCCUCAUGUGGUAGAAGUUAGCGUCUGUAGAAGAGCAAGAAAAAAAAAAGGCAACGAAUUCUUGAACGAUAGAGCAUCGAACGAGUCGGAAGGAAUGCAUAUCGUAGGAAGGACACUCACAGACAGGAAUAAUUUAGCGAGUGACUGUCCUUUGUUCUCUCAUGUUCGAUUGUCAUCUUCAUUCUGCUUGUAUGUGUAAUUUGCAAAAUUCUCAUUUUGUCAUCCUUCUAGAGUCCCUAACUAAUGGACACGGGUGUGAUAGAAAGAUUUCGCAAACGUAAUCGUGGAGGAUUAUGAGCCGUUUCAAGGUCAGAAGACGCUCCUACAUCCCCUAAACACUAAGAGCUUCGGCUUGUUGUUGACAAGAAGUCCGAGGUGGCAGCAAAUAACCAUGCCAAAAUCAUAGGAAUGUGUGCAGUUCACAGCACUUCUGCUUCUUGCCCAUGGGUGGUGAGCAAAAAUAAGUGGCAUCGUCGUGUUUUCGGCUUCGGAAUCGCUUCCAGCAUCUGCAGUUUCUCAAUGUGUAGCCUACGUGAUGUGUUUCUGGCACUACAGGGAUGUUCAGCAAUGUUGCUUGCUGGGCAAAUCAUUUCAUAAAAGGAGACCAGUGUUAGAUAGGUUGCACGCUGAAAAGGGGCCCUUAUCCGGGGGUCGCGACAUAACUCAGCCGCUCACGCAGACGACCUGCUGCAGCGUACGUACCGCUGUAAGCGUGCUCGCAAGUGCGCCAUUCUCGCGCUUGAUUUUGACAUAAAUAGCUCGAGCAGCCUUUGCACCCAUAAUACUACAGUGUUGUUUAUUUUGUCACUUCAUAUGACUGUAGCUUGAGGCUACAUUCACAGGAGGGCGCUGAAAAACUGAGAAAAGUGCUGCAAAAUGGAUUGCGUCAGUAGGAGAAGCUGAAAUAUACGCCCUUUGACCGCCAGGGCUACUGCAGAAACUCCAACACUGGUUCCUUAUAGCGGAUAAAAGAAAAUAGUUACUAAGAAAAUUGCAGAUAAUUAUGAUACUCCCUCAUGUGAAGUUUCAGCGCAGCUCUAGGUAUGUUUUCUGGGUUGUCGUGCACUACUCACGUAACACAACAGCAGGGAUUGCUGUGUAAGAUUUGAAUGUUACUUUGUCCAUCUUGAAAACUAUGUGACAGCGAAGUGCGAAAGGUAGACACGAUGUGCAUAUGUCAUCACCAGUACUAGUACGUCUUUUCGUUGAAAGAUUUCAAUGCGCAUGCCGGCUUCACAGAGAGAAGGUUCUGUCGAGAUGUGCACAUGGCAGGGCAAUCUGGUGCCAUUGGAAGAAACCAAAAUGCCACGUCGCAUGACUACAUUCUAUGCUACGAUUGGUUAAUGCGUGCAGGAGGCAUUCUUCUUCACCCUCUCGUUUUACCGUGUGCUCGUUCGCUUGUUUACAACAAAGGAAAACAAGGGAAGAGGCACACAGACACUUAACGUUGGAAUAGGUGCCCAAAAGCUCUUGCAUCAAAAUGGAGGUGGCAUAGAGCCCCGUCUAGUUGUUGUUCGCUGUCUUCAUUUUUUUAUCACUGGCUUCUUCCAUUCGUGUAUGUGUUCCCUAGGAGCUGGAUUUUAAUGCAUGUCUCCUAUUUCAUUCCACGCUUUCUUAUUUAGUUUAUCCCACUGUCGUUGCAUAUGCAUGUGCAUCAUCAUGCAUGGAAGCUCAGUGCAUUUAAAUAACUUUUUAUUUUUGCUCAGGCUUUGUGACAUGUGAGAGAUUUAGACCUGUAACAUCUUCCAUCAGCAAGUGACUGGAGCCACUGUCCCAAGCUUGGCUAAAGUUGAUGUAGUAAAUUGACGAGCCGCUUGAAUGCUCAAGCACAGCUGCAUACCUUUUGUGGCUCCUCAUCCAAGUGUUCCCUGUUCACGGGUAAGCUUUGCGUCUUUAUUAUUUGGCAGCCAUUCACUUACUCUAUACUUUUGUUCUAUCGUAUUGCACUGCGAGUAUGAUAUCAUUUGUUUUGGGGACAGCGUGUGCUCGUUCACCUCUUUCAUCACUCCUCCAAUCGUCCUAAGUAGUCACCGAAUUCGAAAGGCAUGUGUGUGCAUGUCAUAGUGAUCCCGUCGCUGUUGUGAGAUUAUGGCCCCAUUAUGUUUCUUCGGUUCAUUGCCUUGCAAGUUACUUAUUUUUAAUUGUUGCUAUCUGCCAACAGCUGUAGCAUGUCGAAAAUAUAUACAAGGAAGCGACGAACAGAAACCUAGCAGAUACCCCAACAAUCGCUCUCAUCCAGACAGAUUAACUCUAUCCAUUGCACAAAUGUUAUUAAAAAUUUGCCUCUGCUGGUCGCCGCGUAGGGCCUCUGUGAUGCUGUGCUUAACAGUUCUGAAAUAGACAGCGUCCUGCUUGCCUUCUCGUGGAAUAAGUGCAAGAAAAAUGUGUGAUUUUCAACACCAAGUAUUAGGCAGAGACAACGGCAGCGUCCUCCAGUACGUUGACCUUUUCUGCCUGCCAAAUGGUGUAUGCACAAUUUAGAGGAGGUGUUUGUCAAAAAACACAACUUGCAAAUGCUACAACUGAUCUCACGCUACAAAAUUGUAUUGACACGCGUUAAGUCAUAUUAGAUGAAUGGGCUUGUUGUAGUUGGCAACAGCAGCAAAAAACUGAAUUUGUCUCGACUUUGAUACGUUGUCCAAGUCUGUAAUGCAGAGUCAACUAUCAAGCUGCAUUCAACUAGUGAGGCGUUUGGUUACACUCGUAGAAGAAUCUGACAUUUUCAAGUGCUGCGACAGCAUUUCGUACAUCUUGUCUUUUUGUCUCCAGUUGCGUUGUUGACGAAUUGCUAAAAGCUAUCGCAGAAGACUAAAGCGUGAAUUGGCAGGUGCAUAACACGUGCCAUCGACUGUUCACGAGCAAGCAUCUCGCUCCGUGGGCAGCUGGUCCUUCCACUUAUUUUCCAUUUAAGCUUUUCGCCUGACACGGAUGCACCAUGCGACUCCUUUCGUGCGCAGCAAUUUAUUUAUGGAAUCAUCGUCAUUGGUCGCAUGCACUCAUCUCACUUGCAUUUUGCUGCUGUUGUGGAGAUAUCAAAAUGUGCGAGCGCCCUCGUGCAAUUCAUCUAGAUGCACAGUGGCAAUGCGCUGUCUCAUUUGCAUUGUGUACUACCGCAUCUUUAUGUUCCAUUACAGUGUAGCACAGCUCCGUUCAGGCAGGAUAGUUCAAGCAUUGAUUGCACAUUUUAUCAGCUGCACCAUCUAGCUCCACUGCCAGGAUCAAAUGUGCUCAGAGUGCCCAAAGCAGAUGCGAUAGCCAAAUGUACUGCGCUUGCCGUUGAGCUUGCCAGCAAUUGGCAAUCAAGAAGCCGAGACUGCACUUGUGCUUCAGAGUGAAGUAGACGCUAUGUAAGCUGACGAAGCGACGGGCUCGAUCCCUGUAACCUCCCCAUUCAGAGCCCCUGUGGUAAUAAGUGAAAAGUAGCGCAACAAUACCUCAUCGUACUUAAUUACGAGGUGGCUGUUGUGGCCACUGCAUUCGAGUGGAUAGGUUAGCAUUUCAGGUGUUGAGAAAGAAAGCCUGUUCUCAUUUUAGCACACCUUUUAAAUCUGCGCACUAAUGCCUUAUCUUGUUAGUGUCAAGCAUUUUGAUGGAGCAGUAGUAACAACAGGUUUUGCACACUUUCGGGUAUGGUCUGCAGUUGCUCCCUAAUCGACCCGUCAUCAGCUUUUCAGUUGCAUCUGUUUGAGUGAUUUCGCUGCAGCUUUCCCGUUUGCAAACAUAGUUGUUCUCGGUGUUCCAUUUGUCCUUUAUGACCAUAACUUUGUUGUGGCAAGGCAGUGCAGCAUAUCAGCGACUGUGAUUGUUGUCUAGAACUGUAGUACCGGUGUUGGGGACAGGUUCUUUCGCACACUGUGCCUGCGCCUUAUCACGCACGUUGAAUACUAUAGUAGUGCACGAGAGACCACAAAGACCAAAACCAAUAGCAUUCGUAGUUCAGACAGUGCAGUACUCUUGUCAUAACAGAAUCAUGUAAUUUAAAGUUUUUUUGUGGUUCUGACGACCAUCUGUGCUUACUUUUUAAACCAGAUUACUGUUUGCGUCACUUAGUAUGAAGUGCAGAAGAACCCGAAAGUUUGUGCAAGACUGCUCGGUGUUGCUAAAAUAUCAACCCCUUGCUUUUUUUUUUUUUCAUAUUGAACUAGAAGAACUGGGAACUUCGCAAAUAGACCAUGCACCUAAUUAUUAUCAUUAGCUGGCUUUUGUCAUUGUGUUGCCAGUGUUGAGAUGUGUUUUGCUUCACUGAACGUUUUGCUAUUCCACCUCCUUUGUCAGAGUGCCUCGUUUAUGGCCAAUAAUAGUAGUUCCGCUCAUAGUAACAUUCAUCUCCUUUUCCACUGGCUUUGUUAUGACAAGAGUUUACUGUGUCCUGACCUGUCUACAUUUUUGUACAUGUUCUAAGCGUAACAGCGACCUAGCCAUGAACAUUUGCUACACACGCACAUUUCUGCAUUUUUUCGCCGACAAUGAACAGUGAGGAAAAUAGCCAUAAUGUUUAUAUCGCGUUUAACAUUCGUGCAGUUUAUUGUAGAUCUAUUUUCAAGCUUGUGUUUCAUUCCUACACGUUCGUUACUACAUUUCACGUUCCUACACGUUCGUUACUACAUUUCAGACAAAAACAUUCAGUCAAGCUCAUAAAAAUCUUCAGGGUGUCACUUUUAUGAUACAAAAACUACGUUUUUUGAGUAUCGAAAUGACAUAACCUGACUACUGUUUAUGCACCACCACUGCAAAAAGUGCGAUUUGCAAUUGCCAAGGAAUAUGAAAUAUAUAGGUCAAGAGCAGUUAACCUCUGCAAUCAGCAUCUAUAAUCACAUUGGAUUCAAAUGUAAAAAGAAACCCAUUUUGUUUAUUGCUUAUUACUGAUAGGAAGGCUUGCUUUGGUGACAGCAUUUGGAAUUCUGAAAGUGACAUCGCUAUUGUUGAGGCUUGCUAUGGGAUUUGGUGCCUCGCUUGACCUGCAGGAUUGCCAGCAAAGAAUAGGACAACUGUACGCUGUACCCUUGCCCCUUCUUUCUUCGGGUGCAUUGUGCCGUUUUCAAAAAGCUGGUCAUUUGAUUAGCUUUCUCAUUGUCUUAACACUUACACCUCUGUCACACACGCACUUUCAACUGCCGUUGAACAAACUUACUUGAGCGAACCCAGUCGAGACACACCACCUGAUAAGAUAGUGGCUUGCAUAAGUCACCCAAGUGUACAUGCCUCAGUUGAUAUCUGCCAUGUAGCACGUUGGCAAGAUAACCGCUGGUCAUUAGGAGCCUGCAUUCCAAAAGAAGGCAAACGUGCGAUGGGGAGGCGGAAAGCUGGGUGGACAGAUGAGAUUAAGAAGCUUGCGAGGUUAACGUAACGGCAGAAAGCAUGGGGUGUCGUGUUGAUUGGAAAAACAUGGGAGCGGCCUUUGUCUUGUUGUGGGUGCAGUCAGGCUGAUGAUAAUUAUGAUGAUUUAAGGUGAGACCAUGCUAAUGUAAAAAGAACACCAGAGGGCAGACUCCACAUUGCCUUGGCCAGUAACCAGCUGUGAGAUUACAAACAAGCAUUUAAAAUCGUACUAGCAACUCUUGCUAUAAAAUGCUUAAUUUAACAUUAGUUGCUCUCAGGAAAAUAACAUAGGAACUACUCUUGGUUCUUUACAGGUGCUUCUAUGUCACAUGUCCACAUUGCUGAACUUAGCUGAGCUCUGCAAGCGCAUUGUAACUGCAAGUAAAUUACUGAUCUGUUGAACUGCAGCUUAAGUGUUAGCUGCUGCUCAAAUCAGCGGCAGACAAAAGUGUCCAUGUUACAGAGGUAUGUCGUCGCUUGGCAAGCAUAAAGUUUAUCGCAACCUACCUGUCGUUACAGCCUGACCCAAUGCUUUGCUGCAGUUCGAACCAAAACUUUAGAAGUCUGCCCAAGUUUUGAGUCACUCACUUUCUUCAUGCUAGCUUUGUGAUGGUGUUAUGAAAUGCACUAUGUGUCUUUCGAGCCCUGCGCGUGAUUUAGAUUACCUAAAGGUCUGGACACAGCUGUAGGUCUACAUCUGAGCACACUUCAUUGCAUCACGAAACCAUAGCGCACAAGCUUUUAUUGUUAAAUGCCCAUUCUGAUAUCACAGGUAGCCCUUUAAAACUCAUCUUCAUCGUUGACACAGUCCUCCAACGACAGAGUUAACUUGGCACAAGGCGUAGCUCAGACCUGCCUGCUGUAAGGCAAGAAUUAUUUUGUUUCGUUGCUUUGCUCGAGAUGCUGGGGGUGUUUCACCACUUGUCGGCUUUGACCGCUGACAGAUGGGAGCAUGGUGCAGAGGUAAUUUUCAAGCUCCAGAUAAGCGAUUCUCCAGCGGGGGGGAGAGUCUUAGCGGCUGUUGAAAGUGAGCAACUUCAUGCUGACGACCCGCAGCCUCCAUAUGAAUGAACCGCAAUGCUGGAACAAUGCCCUUCGCAAGGGUACAGCAUUGGAACAUGCACUUUAACCACACCAUUGACAUCACACAUUUUGUAGAUGUGCACACCCAGAGUGUCUGAUUUCAGUUGAACACGCAGGCCUCUUCUUUGUUUCUGCUGCUACAGGACUUCAGAAAGCGGUACGAGGGGCACCAUCGCUGUCCUCACCUGCACCCGUAUUCAUCGCUAGUCCAUAUGAAAGCACUGGCGUCGACUACAUUCGGUACGGUUCUUGCACUCCGCCUAACAGGGCUGGCGGUCUGUUUGCAGUUCGCAUUGGAGGUGUCUGUUGUGUGGCAGCUUUGUGGUCUUUCAGUCAAUCAGUUGGUCGUCACCAUUGUCUUUGAAGCAUUUUUUGUUCCCAGUCUUCCCGGGGUUUCUUAGGAGCGCUCUAAUGUGAUGCGGUGUAUUUUCUUUCUGAGCAUCGUUUUGUUUUUAUUCGUAGGUUGUCGAUUAUUUAUUGCAUUCUUGUGCACACAGUUGAGAGACUGCUGACUGCAGCCCUACGCACGAUGUGCGACGCUGAAGGCACUUCUCUCAUACCUUUGAGACUCUGAUCGUUUCACAUUCGAUUAUACCAUACUAUAUAUAUAUAUAUAAAUAUAUACAUACAAAAUAUGUAUAUACAUAUGACAAAAUGCGAGUUUGUGGCUUCCAGUUUGACAAACAAGCCGUGGCGACGUGCCACUGCGACUUUUAUCGUUGUACUAUUGAGAUUAGCAUUCGACAAAAAAAAAGGUAGUGUGAGCUGCAGUGGCAAAAGGGUUUUAUAUCCAUGUGUCUGUGUGUUUUGUGGCUUGUUGCUUAUAUAUAUACAAAUCUAUAACAAAUGUUGUAAGAGACCGUAAUUCAUCUGGAAGCACAAAGAAAAGUAUAUGUCAUGCGUGACUGUGAAUUGCGUGGUAUGGGUUUAGGUGCGAUUGAACUGACGCACACCUCUGUGUUACCUAAUUAAAGGCUAAGCACAAAAUGUGUGUUAGACGAAUGAACUGCUGUUGUUUUAGAGCAUUUUUUUUGUCUGUCUGGAUUUUUUUUUUAAAUAAAGCCUUAUGAAGGAAUUCA